CACAGUACUAAACUCAACAAGAUGGCAAGCACUACUUCACUACACACUUUGGCUUUGUUGAGUUCAACUGUAUUGUUGUUACUUUCUCAUAUCCAAGCCUCUGAGGCACAAUACUGGCCCCCUAUAGUGAAGGGACUGUCUUGGACUUUCUACCAGUCCAGCUGUCCCCAGCUUGAAGGUAUGGUUAGAAACCACCUUACAAGGGUGUUCAGGCAAGACAUUGGCCAGGCGGCUGGUAUCGUUCGCAUCUUCUUCCAUGACUGCUUCGUCCAGGGAUGCGAUGGCUCGGUGUUAUUGGACGGCGUGCCGCCAAACCAUCGGAGCGAGAAGGACACACCCCCAAACAAGACCUUAAGGCGAGAGGCGUUGCAGACCAUUGAAGCGCUUAGAGCUCUUGUUCAUAGAAGGUGUGGAAGAGUAGUCUCCUGCUCUGACCUAACAGUUCUUGCAGCUCGUGAUGCUGUUUUCUUGUCCGGUGGCCCCGACUUUCCGGUGCCAUUAGGAAGGCGGGACAGCCUUAACUUCAGCGUCGCCGGAGCCAACAACCUGCCGGGCCCAUCCAGCUCUACCGGCGACCUCCUCGGCAGUUUCGGUGCCCAAAACUUCGACGCCAUCGAUGUCGUCGCUCUCUCCGGCGCCCACACCUUCGGCUGUUCCCACUGUGGCUCCUUCUUCCGCCGUAUCUCCCCCACCGUCGACCGCACCAUGGACCCUUACUUCGCUGCCUUCCUGAAGGCCAAGUGCCCCGCGGCCUCCUCCCCCAACACCGCCAGUCUCGAUGUCCGAACCCCCAACAUCUUCGACAACCAGUACUACGUCGACCUCAUAAACCGACAAGGCCUCUUCACCUCCGACCAGGAUCUGUUCAAUGAUCACAGAACCAAGAACAUCGUCGUCAGCUUCGCUAGGAACCAGAGAUAUUUCUUUAACAAGUUUGUCAAUGCCAUGAUCAAGAUGAGUCAAUUGAGCGUGUUGACCGGGAACCAAGGGGAGAUUCGCCGUACGUGCUCCGCCACCAACGGCGGAAAGACGUCGUCUGUGUUGCCGUCGGUGGUUGAAGACAUGGAGGAGUUGACUCAGUUUUAAGUUUAAUGAUGUGUGUCCCUUUGAUUUUCACCAUGUUUGAGAUCUGAUCUCUUCUUUGUUGAAGAAGCCAUGGAGACUAGUGUGGAGGCUUCUGAUUCUCAGUCUAACUUUGAUUGAUGAUCUUGUUGCUUUUUCAUAUGGUCUUUGAACGUAGUAAUAAUGGCUUAGUUUG